AUGGUUAUACAAGAUCAAAAAGAAAAUUAUAUCAUUUUAACAGCAGCACACUUUUUUGGAGUCGGAAAUGAUUUAUCGUUAGAUUCUGAAAAUAAUAAAGCUUUGGAAAAAUUUUUAAAUGUUCCGAAUUGCAGAGUACUUUGUAUUCAAAGAAAAUAUACUGAGAACGAUACUGAAUUAAAAUUCAUUAGUGAAAUAAUACCUUCGAAUGUAAACAAAGCUUUAAUUUUUUUCAAGUUAAAAUCGAGUUCAAUUACUUCGGAAAAUUUCGAUGAAUUAGUUCAAGUUACUUCAACGGCUGACAAUUUAGGAUCAACAUUAUUAGAAUCAUUGCGUCAAGUGUGGAAACCAGCCCUUGGACAUGCGGGUAUUACAAUUACAUCAUUGCAAAAAAUCGAACGAGAUAUAUUGGGACAAAAAUCAUCAAGUUCUUUGAUAAAAGAAAAGAAUUACUGGGAAGAAAAAUAUACCCAAAGUACUAAAUCGAAUGAAAAAAAGAAAAUUCGUAAUAUUAUUGAAUUAUUAAAUAAUAUUGACAAAGAGUUGGACGAUGCAGCAAGAUCGAAAGAUGGGCUUUUGGGUAUUGAAGAUGUACUGGAAAUCAUUUCUGGAUUUGUGGAUGAUAUUUGGAAACUGGAUAGUUAUCUUUACUCUGAAGAAAGGAUGAAAACACUUCUAGACAUGAUUGGAGAUCAACUAUCGAUUCUUAUCAUCUCAUUUCUUGAAAGACUACACUCAAAAGAUUCAAUUGUAAAAGAAGAAUAUCUUGCAAAUGCUGCAACAAUUUAUGAAAAAUGGGUUGUUCUCUGCGAAAGAUUAACCCACUUAUUUUGGCCUCAUCAAUCUCUGCAUCCUUGGAAAGGAGCACCGUUCAUUCCCAAAAAGUGUACUAAAAUGGGCCAACGUUUGAGAGAGACAUGGAAUGUUCGUCUGCAGUAUCGCCAAUUAACCCGACUAUUGACAGAUGUUGAAAGGUCCAAUUUGAUUGAUGAAAAUUUAUUGAACUCAUUCAACGAUUUAACUAUAAUUCUAGAUGAUGAAAAGGAUAUUGAAUGGGAAAAGACAAAACGUGAAUUUGAGGAAAAUUUAAUACCAGCUGAAGAACGAGUGACAGAAAAAUUAAAAAAUCAAUUACUAAAUGUUGAUAAUCCAAUAGCACUAGUUGGUGAAUUACAACGAUAUACAGAGCUUAUAAAACGAAAAAAUAUUAAAGAAGGUCUCUAUAGUGAACGCCAUACACUUUUAACUGCUGUUGAUGAUAUUAUAGAAACCUAUCAAUCUGGAUCUGAUGCUGACAAAUUGCUGGAUUUUCCACAAAUCCUUCAACAAAUCCAGGCUGCAAUUUUAGCAGAGAAGAAGUUGAAUAUUCUUGAAAAAUUGUUAAAAGAAUUACUUGAUGAUCUUCCAGGAUAUAAGGAUGCUAUUGAAAAAGUUCAUACGGCUUCCAAGGAGAUAGAAUCAAGAAGACAAAAUCUUGUAGACUCUUGGAUAAAAAAUGUUCAGGAUUCUAUCGCUCAAAAAGAAUUGGUUUUAGGAACAAAUAAUUCAGUUGUAGAAUUGAUUGGAACGAGUAUGAUGAAAGUCAAUUAUGAUCCAAGACUUGUAAUAAUUAACAAAGAAGCUAGAGCAUUAGCUGGCCAAGGUAUUGAACUUCCAAGAGAAAUUAAAAGUCUUGUAGAACGUGCUAGCGUUUUAGCAGGACGAGCUCGUGAACUUCAGAAAAUUGCUAACUUUCAUAAUACUAUCGGUGAUAGAAUGAUUCCAUCUCAACGUCCAUUAAUGCUUUCAACUGCUAUGGAAUUUGCUAGAGCAGUUCAGGAACAAUCUGGAGUAGUUUGGUCGGAUCUUUAUGCUAUUGAUAGUUAUAUUAAUCGAUUAAAAAAACACGUAAAGAAGUUUGCUAGACAAAAUGCCGAAUUAGUAGCGAAACAUGUUUAUAUCCAUGACUUAGUAGCGAAUUUACUUAAAGGAGAAAUUGUGAAUUUAAUCAGCAGCCAAGGUAUUUGGAAAGAUACUUUAAGAUCGAUGAGAAAUGUAGUUGAUCAAGUGGAAACGACGUAUGGAAAUACUAAAGCUUGGAAACUUCAUUGGGAUCGGCAAUUACUUAAAGUUCUUGAUGUUUCAUACAGAGCAGCAUUGCCGUAUUUAGUCAAAAGAUUGCCGGAAAUCCAUGUAGAGCUUAUAUUUCGUGACAAUCGACUGCAAUGGCGCCCAACACUAGAAGAAAUAAGAGCUAAAAUUUAUUCAGCAGUUCGACGUUUUCUAUCGAUUCCAAUGAAUUUCCGCGGUGUCGGUGAUCCGGCUGAUGCUAAAUUCGAUUUAAUAGUAAAAAAAAAUGCACAUUUAUUCGGUGGAGUUUAUAAAGAAGUUGAGGUGGCAUUGAGUUCUCUCGAGAAAGUAAAAAGUAAGUGGUCUGUCUUAGCUGAACCAGCUAACAUUGAAAUCGUUGAACGAUUAAAAGGAAAAUCGCCUCAAGAAUGGGAAAAAGCUUUCAAAAAUACAAAACAAUGGGCUCAACAAAUAGGAAAGUUGAGUGGAAGUGAGAUAAAACUGUGGUGCUUGGUAGUUGAUACUCAAACAACCAGAAAUGAUUUAGAAUCAGCAUCAAGAAAAUAUUGGGAUCGUUUAUCAAUAGAUUUACGUGGAGAAGCUUCCUCCAGGCUUAUGGUAAUAGUUGACUUUUUAUCAGCCGCUGCUAAAGAGCUUGAUUCAAGGCCAAAAAAUGUUGAUGAAGUUGGAUCGGCUUACGAAGCACAUGAAAGAAUAGAAAAGGAAUCGCCAAAAAUUAAUGAAGAACUUGUCGCUGUUUCUGGUUUGGCCAAAGUGAUGGCUGCUUGGACUAGAGAGAAAUUAGAUGGACUUUCUGGAGCUCAUGCAGGAUGGGAAAGUCUCCAAGAACGUCUAGAGCGUCACAAAAUAAUGGUAGCUCGUCAACUAGAAGAUGCAAAAAUAAAUUUACAACACCGAGCUGUCGCUUUAAAUGAUGAAAGAGAACGCUGGGAAGCUCGUUGGUCAUCCAAACCUGAUACAAUAACUUUAGAGUGGGUUGUGUCUAUGCGAGAACGAUGGACAAAUCUUCAAGAACAAAAAGAUACACUUAUUUCUGAUUGUCAACGAGUUAAAGUUGACAUUGAACAUAUUGUUACUGAAGAUUCAGAAACAUUGAAACGUCUGGAGAUGGAAUUAGAUAUCGAAGAGUCAAAUUGUCGAUUCCAAGAUGAAUUUUUAAAAGAAUUAGAAGGACAGUUAAGUGAAGAAUGGUUUAUAGUACGAAAACGUCUUUUUAGAUUUUACGAUUGGUUGGAUUCUUGGCAAGAAAGAAUAAAAAGUCAACACAAAAACUCAGACACUUUGAAAGACGUUCAGAUUACAAAUACAUAUAUUGGUAAAAAAAUUGCAGAAAUUAGAAAAAAUAUUGAAUUAUUACAAUUUUUGAAAGGUGAUGAAUUAGCAGAAGAACAUUGGAAUGAACUUGGUGGUAUAAUUGGAUUAACUAAAGAUCACAAGCAAUUGGUUUUCGGCGAUUUAUUACUUUGUGCUCCAAAAAUUGUUGAAAAUAUUGAUAAAGUCAAGGAAAUAAGCAAAAGAGCAAUUGCUGAAAGUGGAAUUCGUCAAGCAAUUAUUGAAUUAGAAGCUUGGGAAAAUUCUACAUUUUUACAGUUAAAGGAAUUUAAUGAUAGUAAAAAGAAUAAAAUUAUGUUAAUUGAAGAAUAUGGGCAAGUAUUAUCUAGAAUGGGAGAACUAAGGCUGUUGUUAGAGGGAGCUAAAGGUGCUACAGGGUAUGAUAGAUUUGCUGCUCGAGCUGGGCGAUGUGAAUCUGCAUUAUCUGAACUUGAAGAAAGAAUCAAACUGUUAGGAAUGAUACAGAGAAAGUGGGUGUAUUUAGAACCAAUUUAUUGCGGUGGUGCUGCACCUAAUGAUAAUGGUAAAUGGUCUCGGGCUGAUAAAGAAUUUAGAUAUCUUAUGGCUGAGGUUGCCAAAGAUUCGAGGAUUUUAUCGCUAAGACGAAUUGGAUUUUCUGUGUUACAUAAUUUAAAAGAUUCACUUGAUCGAUGUCAAAAAAGUUUAGACGACUUUCUUGAAGAAAAACGUUUAGCAUAUCCGAGGUUAUAUUUUUUGAACGACGAAGAUUUGUUGGAAUUAAUAGCUGGUACUGAAAUGGGUUUGAAAAAUCAUCUUCCAAAACUUUACCAUGGUAUUGGAUCAAUUCAACAAGAAGAUGGACUACUUAAGUCAGUAAUAUCUCCUGAAGGAGAAGUUUUAAAUUUCGUUUCACCAGUAAAUAUUUUGGAUCCAUUACCAGUGUGGUUAAAAAAUUUAGAAGAAAUGAUAAAAACAACACUAUCUCAAAAUUUACAGCAAUGUCUUGAUCAAAAAAAUCCUGAUCUUUCGAUUUAUCCACUGCAGAUUUUACUUCUAUAUGAGCGAAUUAUUUUUACAGAACGAUGUGAAGUAGCUUUGCACGGCAGUCGAAGUGACUUGAAGAAUUUACUAAUUCAAUUGGAAAACAAAAAAAUGAAAUACAGAGAUAUGGAAGAUUCAAGUGAUAGUUUAUUAGCUUUGAAAGCACGAGGCUUACUUCUAGAUACUGUUCAUCAUUUGAAUAUAGUGAGAGACUUGAUAAAAGCUUUAGAAGUUCAUGGAAACACAUCGUGGACUUGGAAUUGCCAAUUAAAAUGCUACAGAUCUAAUCAAGGUCCAAUUAUUAAAUGUGUUGGUGCAGAAUUUCAUUACGGAUUUGAAUAUCAAGGAACAGCUAUUGGUUUAGUAAGAACUUCUUUAACUGAAAAAUGUUUUCUUGCUCUAACACAAGCUAUGAAACUUGGUCUUGGCGGUAGUCCUACUGGACCAGCAGGUACUGGAAAAACUGAAAGUGUAAAAGCUCUGGCAUCUAUACUUGGUCGUUUAGUACUUGUUUUCAAUUGUGAUGAAGGAAUGGAUGCAACAAGUAUGCAAAGAAUUCUUAGUGGUUUGGCGCAAGUAGGAGCAUGGGGUUGUUUUGAUGAAUUUAAUAGACUUGAAGAAAAAACUUUGAGUGCUGUAGCCAUGCUUAUACGACCUUUACAGCAAGCAUUACGUGAUAAUUUAGCACAUGUUCAAAUUAAUGGUGAAAAUAUUCGAUUAAAUCCCCAUUGUUGUAUUUUUAUUACUAUGAAUCCAGCUGGAGAUGAUUAUGGAAGUAGAAAUAAAUUACCUGAUUCGCUUGCUAGGUUAUUUAGGCCUAUAGCUAUGGCACAUCCUGACAGAUAUGAUAUCGCUAAAGCACUUUUAGAAUGUGAAGGAUUUUUAGAUGCUGCUACUUUAGCUAAUCAACUUAUUGAAACAUUAGAUAUUUGUGAUAAAUUAUUAUCAAAACAGUCACAUUAUGAUUGGGGUUUAAGAGCUCUUAGGUCAAUUUUAGAUACUAUUUCAUCAGUAUCAAAUGUUUCAAAACUAGAAAAAGAAAAUACUAUUAUUUUACAAGCAAUACAAUCUUCUCUUCUGUCAAAACUAACCAAGGAAGAUACAGAAAAAUUUAAUGGACUUCUCAAAGACAUUUUUCCGAAUGUCACUUCAGGUGAUUUAACCGAUAAACAGGAAUUGAGAAAAGUACUGAUUGAAAUUACAGAAUCAAAGAAUCUUAAAGAAGAUAUUAUUUAUCGAUGUGAGCAACUUUACGAUCAGUUAAAGAGCCGAACGGGUGUCGCAAUAGUUGGACCACCAGGAGCUGGUAAAAGUCUUAUAAGGAAAGUUCUUUUGGAAGCUCUAACAAAAAUGGGAAAUAAUAUAAAAGAAGCUUCUGUAUUUUCUGGGGCUGUUCUUAAAUCACAAUUAUUAGGAUUUGUUGAUUUACGCACACGUGAAUGGAAAGAAGGUUUAAUAUCUUCAAUUCUUAGCUCCGUUGAUUGGGAAAAACCACUUUGGAUUGUAUUAAAUGGUGAUGUGGAACCGAGUUGGGUAGAGGCGUUGAAUUCAGCUCUUGAUGAUAAUCGAUUAUUAACUUUACCGAAUGGAAUUGGUGUGAAACUUGGUCCUCAAGUACGAUUCAUAUUUGAAACUCAUGAAUUAGCAAGAGCUAGUCCUGCAACAGUUUCGAGAUUAGGUGUUGUUUAUUUAGGAACAUCAUCUAUUUCUCAUUUACUUAACUGUUUGCCUGCAAAUAUAGUUGACUCUUUUCCAAUUACAGUUAAAUCAAUUUUUGAUAAUCAAUUACCAAGAAUAAUAGAUCAGUUUUUAAAGAUGAGAAAAAAUAUAUCUAUAUCUCAUUUAAUCACGACUCUCUUACCACAUUUUCCCAAUACUUCUUCACUUAAUUCAAUGACUUAUGCGUUAUUAAUGACAUUAUGUUUCCAAAUCCCACACACUGAAAACCAACAAAAAUUAGCAACAUUUAUUUAUCAAACUUUAGAUUGCUGGUGUCCAGACUUACAUAAGCCAUUGGAUAUUUUUUACAAUGAAGAGAUUGAUCGUUUUGAACCAUUUCAAGAUGAUAAUUCCACUAUUCAAACUCAAAGUGGACCUAUUUUAAUUACAAAUAUAUUAAGAAGAGGCAUAAUAACAAUUCUACCUUGGAUUAAAUCUGGACAACCGAUUUUAUUACGAGCAUCUGCAGGAAGUGGAAAAAGUAGUCUUAUUUCUGCAAUUCUUCAUCAUUUAAAAGAUGAUAUGGAAAGUUUGAAUGUUGUUUAUGCCUCAUCUGUCUUUGGAACUCAAGAUUUAAUUAACCGUCUCAAAAAACUGUGUAUUAAAGUAGAAUCAUCAGGUAUUGGUAGGAUAUACAGACCAAAAAGUGGAUCGAAAAUAAUUUUAGUUGUAGAAGAUGUGCAUCUUGCUUCUAAAUCCCUUCAAGAAUUACUGCGACAAAUUAUUGAGGAAAAUGGAUUUCAUGAGGACGAUCUAGUAUUUGCAACUAUAUCAGUAUCUUUACUGCUAACAGCCGAUGAAUUGACAGAACUUCAUCCUCGACUAAGCUCUCUUCUUGCAACACAUCAUAUUCAUCCUCCAACUGCGAAUAAUAUAAAAGCUAUCACCAUAAUUCACCUACAAGAAGUUUUAAAAGUUUAUUCCUACAAUCAAAUUGCUGAUAUGGAAUCAUGGACUGAUCAUUUAGCAUCUGUAAUGCAAGAAUCGCUUGUCGCAGCUUCUUCAGCGAAUAGAAGUUUUACUUGGAAUGUAAAAGACUUAAGUUUGUGGGCCAAUAAUUUAAUGAAAUACCCUAUUGCUGAUAAUCGCGAAAUAUUUUUAAAAUACGUCUUUAACAUUGGAAAACUAUUAUUCUAUCCAAAGUUGACAAUAAAAGCUCAAUCACAUUGGAGUAAAUUUUUAAUAUUGAAAUAUCCGGAUAUAAAUAAAUCUGAUAAUAUUUACGUUUGGCAAAGCGGCAAUUCAUCUUUAACGCCAUUAGUAUCCGAAAGUUGGAAGGAAGAGGUAAACAAAGUAGUUGAAAAAUUUAUCCGAGAAGGAGAACAAAUAGAAAAAACUGUUUAUCCUCAUUUGUAUAAAUUAAUCAGCAAUUUAAGUUGGGCAUUCGGAUGUGGAUACCGAGGUAUAAUUCUCGGUGGACGUCCAGGAGCAGGAAGAAGAUCAUCAGUGCGUUUAGUCGCCUCUUUUGCAUCGUUAAAACUAAUAAACUUUGGACCAGGACGUGGAAAAGCUUCGAUAAAAAGUGCUAUACAAUCAGCUGGAAUUGACGGAGAACCAACACUAUUACUUCUUGAAGAACAUCAUAUGCGAGAGAAUGAUUUAGUGAAUUUAGCAGGUGCUAUUGUAUCACGUGGAGAAAUUCCUGGUCUUCUUAGUCCAGAAGAACUUGAUGGUCUGAUAGCACCUCUAACAGACUUAGCACGAAAACAAGAUUUCUUUGAACCUUUAGAUCAAUUUUUCUACCACCGUCUUAGAAGUUUAUUAUAUAUUGUAGUGAUUUUAGAUUCUACAGAAGUAUUUAACAAUGAGAUAAAACAAUCUGACCUUUUAAAAAACAGUCUUCUAAUUUCUGAUAUGCCAGGAAAUGAAUGGUGGACUAUGGAAUCAAGCUUGAAUAACACAGCGACUGUAAUUUUAAACAAGAGUGGAAAUGAAUCUCCAGAAGCUUUUGCACCAGUUUUAAAAUAUCUCAUCGAGGCUCAUAUUCAAGCUUUGCCUCAUGAAAAUUCACCGGCACGUUUUAUUACGCUUCUUCGAACAUGGCGUGAAUUAAGAGAGAUGUGGAUACAAAAUAUUGAAUCUCAAAUGGCAACAUUAGAAGCUGGAGUAGAUAAAUUAAGAGAAGCAGGUAACAAAGUGGCUAAAUUAGAAAAUGAAGUAUCAGAACAACGUAAGCAAUUAGAAGUUGAAAGAAAUCUUGCUAAUGCAGCUUUAGAACAAAUAACAGCAACAAUGCGUGGUGCUACAGGUCAGAGAGGAGAAAUGACUACACUAAAAGCAGAUACAGAGCGUGAAAGUAUUGAACUAGGAAAAAGGAAAGAAAUGAUCGAGGAAGAAUUAUCAAAGGUUACACCACUGGUAGAAGCAGCGGCUCAAGCUGUUGCUGGAAUUAAUUCCGAUGCUUUAUCAGAGGUGAGAUCACUUAGAGCACCACCUACUGCUGUUCGAGAUAUUUUAGAAGGCGUAUUAAGACUCAUGGGUAUUAAAGAUACCUCUUGGAACAGUAUGAAAACAUUCUUAGCUAAAAGAGGUAUUAAAGAUGAAAUCAGAAAUUGGGAUGCAAGAAGAAGUACUCCAGCAAGCUUAGAAGCGGUGGCGAAAUUAGUUAAAGAACGUUCUGAGUCUUUUGAAGAAAAGACCGCACGAAGAGCUUCAAUCGCAGCGGCUCCAUUAGCUUCUUGGGUUUUAGCUAAUCUUCAAUAUGGUCAAAUAGUUCAGCAGGUUGCACCAUUAGAACGAGAACAGAGAAUGUUGGCAGAUAAAUUGGCAAUGGCAGAAGCUCAGAUAGGAAAACUUGCCGAAGGACUUAAUUCUGUAGAGUCCAAAGUUAAACAAUUACAAAAAGAACUUGCGGAACGUUCACAAGGAGCAGCUGCACUUCAAUUACGUUCAGAAGCAACUCAAGCUAGUUUACAAAUGGCUCGGAAGUUGUUAGACAAACUUGAUGUAGAAUAUGAAGACUGGCAAAAACAACUAGAAAAUUUGAAAGAUCGAAAAAUGCGAUUAGAUUUAGAAGCUGCUGAAGCUGCAAAGUUUUUGAUUUAUCCAAGUUUAGAAAUUGAUGAUAUGAAAAAAAAAUCAACGAUUGAAUUGUUAACAACUGAACGAGAACGGCUUAGUUGGCGAGCUCAAAGUUUGCCGGAAGAUACUGGAAGUCUUAUUGGAGCUAUAUGUGCUUUACGAAGUCCAUUAGUAUGUUUCUUUAUCGAUCCUUCAGGAGUAGCAGUUACUUGGCUUAAAGCCAAUUUGGAAAACCAACUCGAAGUUACAAAACCUGAAGACCACAAAUUUCUAACUGUGCUUGAACUUGCUGUUCGUUUUGGAAAAUCACUUUUAAUUGAAGAAAUCGUUCAAUUCCCGUCAAUUAUUUUACCACUUCUCCGGAAACAACCUCUACGAGUUGGUGAUCGUGUUUUACCAAUUCAACAAGGCUUCAAAUUGUAUUUAGCCACGAGAAAGGAUAAUAUGGAGACAAUUCCUAGCGAGGCAGAUGCUGUAUUACUAAAAAUUACAUUAGGUAAUGAUAAAAAUAGUUUAGCUGAAAGAUUUAUUCAAAAAGCAUUGUCUCAGGAUAAUCCGGAGCUAGAGAAAGAACGCAGAGAAGCUUUAGAACGUGAAGAAAAAUUAUCUGGUGAACGAGAUGCAGCGAGACUUGAUUUACUCGCUCAAUUAGCUUCUGCGAGAGGUCAAGAUUUACUUCAAGAGCCAAAUAUUAAUUCAGCACAAGAAGGACAUUCUUCAACAUUAUUAACAUCGUUAGAAGCAACUCAAGCUAAAGCUAAAGAAAUUGCUCAGAUUCUAGAAACAAGUCGGCAGUCUAGAGAAAAUGUGUCUAAACGAGAAAAGGAGUAUGAAAAAUCGGCUAAAUUUGCCGCCAAUUUAUUUCAAACUAUUAAAUCAUUGGUUACUCUCAGUCCACUUUAUGUCUUUUCCAUCGACGCUUUUACGGAUAUUUAUUUGGAAGCUGAAUUGUUUAGACAUCAGUUAUCGAAUGUUGAAAAAAAUAUUGCAGAAUCACAAAUUGAGAAAAAAUUGGUUUCAUUGACGCUUGAUUAUUGCAUGAAAGCAGCUCUACGGAAACAUCGACUGCCACUAGCCCUUUAUCUCACUUUAACUCUUUAUCCUGUGCCAGAUAUUGAGCGUAAUUUAUUGCUACAAAACAACACUGAUUUAACGACGGAAAAAUCUGAAAAUACAGAUAAUAGUAGAUUUAUUAUGCCAGAUUGGAUUCCUGAAGAAAGAAAAAUAUCAGUUAAAAUGUUGGCAACAGCUAUCCCUCAAAUUGGAUCGAAAUUAACAUCUGAGUGGGUUGAUGACUUGAAAAUUAUUUAUAAAGACCAAUCGUUAUCAUCACUGCAGAAAGUUUUAAUAAUUCAAGCACUUAGACCUGAUUACUUUCAUUCUGCUUUAACUAAAUUCGUAAGGGACCAAUUAGGAGUGAAAAAAUUAUCACCCGACAGUUGGACAUUGGAGUCAUUAAUAGAAAGUAAUAAAAAUCGCCCAGUUUUAUUUUUAUUAUCGCCGGGAGCAGAUCCUGGGCCGGAAAUUAAUGCUCUGGCAUUGAGGCUGGGAAUCCCAGGACACUUUGUAGAAAUUUCUUUAGGUCAAGAUCGAGUUGAACAAGCUGAGAUAGCGCUUGAUAAUGCUUGCAAAAAUGGUGAUUGGGUACUGCUAAGUAAUUUACAAUUGGCGUUGAAUUGGUUACCGAGGUUGGAAAGUAUUCUAAGAAGCCCUCAGUGUAAUCAAAAUAAAAAUCCAGCCACAAGAAUUUGGCUGACCACUGAGGAAUGUAAUAAAUUUUACUCGGGGCUAGCUGGUAUUUGUUUGAAAAUGGCUUACGAGCCACCCGAAGGAGUUAAAAGGAAUCUCAAAAAAUCUUUAAGACAAUUAAGAAAUUAUCGGUCACAGUCGAAAAGUUCUGAAAGUACUUUUGUUCUUGCCUGGCUUCAUGCUAUUCUUCAAGAACGUAGAAGAUUUAUUCCACACGGUUGGAUAAGAUCUUAUGAGUGGAAUGAAGCUGACUUAGAAGCAGCCCGUGAACUAGUUAUAAAUUACGCUCUGAAGUUUAACCCCGAAGGUCGCUUAGAUUGGGAAGAAGGUCAGGGGUUACUUGAUGUUGCUAUUUAUGGUGGUCGACUUCAAGAUAGGUAUGAUAUGAGGGUUUUGAAGGCAUUGAUUCAAGAUAUUUGGUCCGAAGAAGUAUUCCAAGGACGUAAAAAAUUGGGAAAAAUAAUAAGCGUACCAGAAAUGAAUAAAAAAGAACAUUUAAAGAUGAUUGAACAGUUACCUGAUGAUGAACCACCUUUAGAAUUCUUUGGACUACCAGCUAAUGCUUUAAGAGCAUGGGAAAGGUCUGCAGCUGAGACAACGAUGAAUGCUCUUGAAGAAAUAUUCAGUAAAUCUAGAAAAAAUAUUAAUCAAGGACAAAUGAAAAAUCAAAAAGAUAAAGCACAAAAGCAUAUUAUUCAUUACUUGAAGCAGCAAAAUUUACAAUCAUAUUUAAUGAAGAAUAUUGAACGUAAAAGUUCUACUUCUGUUGGACAAUUUUUUAACGAUGAAGUACACCUAUUUGAACAAUUAAUUUCAAUCAUUAUAAAUGAUAUUGAAAAAGGCCAAAUUUAUAAUUCAAAGACACCAGGCGAUUGGCUGAAAUAUUGGCCAUCAGGAUCAAGAGAACUUAUCACAUUUAUGAACGAAUUAAAAUCAAAAAGUAAAUUUUUAUCAUCAGUCGAUUUUAAUUUCAAAUCUGAACAAACUAUCAAUCUUGCAUAUUUAUCGAGGCCACGAGCGUUUUUAGCUGCAUUGAAACAACACACAGCUCGAGAAAUGAAUAAUCCAUUACAUGAGCUGAAUCUUAAAACAUAUUGGAUUGAAAGUAAUGAGGAUGUGAAAGGUGACAAAGAAAUACGAGUAUCAAUAAUUAUUAGUGGACUGCUAAUAUCUGGAGCUAAAAUUAAGAAUGGUUCUUUACAUGAAUUAAGUUCUAACUCUCCUUCAGUUACAUCGGCUCCACAGUGUAAAAUCGCCUUUGUAUAUCAACAGAUUUCAGAAAAUUAUAAUAAUGAUAAUGAGAACUUUAUCGACAUUCCUCUGUAUGACGAUUCUAAAAGAAAUCGAUUAAUUUGUACAUUGGCUGUUGGUUGUUCUAGAGAUAGUCGAAAUGAUUGGUUAAAACGUGGUGUAAUUAUUUAUUUAGGAAUUAAUAAUUAAUUUUCAUGAGAGUUUUAUUAAUUGAUUUUCGAGUUUUAAUUUAUUCAGUAAUGAUG